UCGACAUUAAGCUUUGCAGCGACGAGAUCGGAUAAUCAAAUGCACAGAAGAUAAAAAUGUCGGCGACAAACCAAAACGGCGCCGUUAAGUUCUUACUCACAUUUGCUUUUCUCAUUGCUACCACCGUUUCUCUUCCUUCUUCGCCAGACCGAUUCCUCAAAUCGGCGUUGACUUCUCUCCGAUCACCGGACGAGCCCCAGGAAUACGAGGAACUCAGGCGGCCCUUACCGUCCGAUGGCCUCACGCCGUCGUGCUCUCAUGUCCUCCUCCGCCAUUCAUUCGGAAACACUAUCGAUGGACCUCCCUAUACCGCUCCAUACACUCCACCUUCCGGCUGUACAUCGCCGCCAUGGUCCUAUGUUGUGCUUGACCUACGCGCCGCCUCAAGUGGCGAUCAGUACGAUCGCAUUUCCGGCUUGUGGCUCGGCGGGGUGGAGCUACUCCGCACCAGUACUGCAGAGCCUAAUCCAACCGGAAUCUUCUGGAAUGUUCGGAAAGACGUCUCCAGGUACUCCUCGCUCUUCAUGAGAUCCGACCUAAAUGUCACAAUGAUGCUCGAGAACAUCGUCAACGAUGUUUACACUGGCAUUUAUCAUAUCAAUGUCACUCUCAUAUUUUACGAAUUCAAUCCUAUUGAGCAAAAUCCGAAGAUCAGAAGCAGAUUAGAGAUUGCUGGAUCCGAUAGAAAAGACCAAACCCCUGCAGAUUUGAUUAUUCCAGUAUGUGACGGAGGAAACAGAGGGUUCUGGUUCAUGAUCGAGAACCCAGCAGAAACUUACUCAAAAAGAAUUCAAAUUCCGUCCAACACUCGUAAGAUUGUGUUGGAACUAUACGUUUCUUUCCAUGGAAACGACGAGUUCUGGUAUUCAAACCCGCCAAAUUCGUACAUCAGAACGAACAAUCUAGCAACUGGUCGUGGCAAUGGUGCAUACAGAGAGGUUCUUGUGAAGAUAGACGGGAGAUACGUGGGAUCAGAGGUGCCAUUUCCGGUGAUGUUUACAGGUGGAAUCAAUCCCUUGUUCUGGGAACCAGUUGUUGCAAUUGGUGCAUUCAAUCUACCUUCAUACGACAUGGAUUUGACACCAUUUCUCGGGUUGCUUUUAGAUGGAAAGUCUCAUGAGUUUGCUCUCAGUGUCAACGAUGGGAUAUCGUACUGGCUUGUGGACGCCAAUUUGCACCUCUGGCUGGAUCACGGGUCUUCGAAUGUUGAAGCUGGGUCUGGGCGUUACGAUAGCCCGAGUCGUCACAUGGUGAGACAGGAAGAGUUUGAACAGCUCGAUGGGUCUUUUAGGGUUGAAGCAGAGGUACGUAGUGAAUUUGAUGGGUGGGUUAAAUCAAGUGAAGGUAAUCUGACCACCAUGGUCAAAAGCAUGAUCAAAGUUGGUAGCUUGGUGAGGUUUGAGAAAAACGGAGCUUACAAGAGAGUUGAGCAGAGAGUGAAGACCAAAAGGAUAGUGGAGGUGACUUCUGAAUCAGGCAAACCUGUGAAUCGAGUUGUUCACCAGCGGACAUAUCCACUCACGGUGAUCACUUCUACUCUUAGAGGUUUAACCAAUGACAAGGAUAUGUAUCUGCUCGUGACGAAUGUUUCACACGCCUUGAACGAGAGAUUUUCAGCUGGAGAAGCUUUGACCCAAGUUUUCAACAGACAGGACUCAGAUGGUUGGAUGGAGGUUGAAGAUCACAAUGUCUUGGCAGGUGAAGCAAGCACAAGACAGAGUUUCAACUACAUCGAUGACUUAAGCUGUUAUUCACGCACCCUUGUUGCAGCCAAUGGAAAGAUCUCCCAAGACAGCUCAUCUGAUGCUUGCGCUUCGUCUUCAUAACUCAACACAAUGCGCAGCUGAAGAUGAAACACUUGUUUUGUAUAAAAGAUGCUUGUAUAAA